AGGUGUCUUGUCUAACUCUAGCAUAGAACAGGUUGAGUCAUGGAUGAUGUCUUGUAUCCCUUUCCUUAUCCAAUGUUUCAAUGCUCGCCCAACUUCGCAACACCAUGUGACAGGGUUAAAAAUCUACAGACACAAUUUUGUUGAGGUGUCUGGCAUCGGAGCGAAAAGAGAACUGAAUACAUCAUCAGCGGAAGCUAUAAAUAAUUAUUCAGCAACCUGACUUGGGGGAUUGUCAACAAUCGAUCAGUAUUUCAUCAAAAUAGCAGACAAGUGCAGGGUUUCGAUUUUCGCUAGGCUUUUCGAUUGAUUCGAAUGAUGUCACUAGGUAUUGACGAUAAGGCCUCGCAUUUCCUGUUCAACUUAUUCCUGUUGUUCUGUUUACGAGAACCGGACCAGAAUUGUAUCAUGUGCCCGGUGAUGGUGUACGCUAUGCUUGCCACCAUGUAUCAGCUAGCCGAUGGGAAUGCGGCCUACGAAUUGAGCAGCUUUCUGGAGCUAGCCUACGGAAUACACCAGAUUAGGUCGGACAUUCGAGAGAUGUGGCUUAAGUACGAACACUACGCGAUCAACACUACUUCUAAGCUAUUCUAUUCGAAGGAGAUCGAGUUGAGGGCCAAUCAGUCUACGGUUGUUAGCGUUCCAACGAGAGCGAUCGACUUCAACGAUGGGCCUCCGGUGGCCGACGUAGUCAACCAUUGGGUUAGCAGGGUGACGAAUGGGAACAUCCACAGCGUAUUGGAGCCUAACGAAGACAUUUUAAAUACAAACUUUCUGCUGCUAAACACCGUUUAUCUGAGCGCAUCCUGGCAGGCACCCUUCACAUCACGAAACACCGGCAAAGCUGUGUUUCAUUUCGAAAACGGGAUCCACGAAAUCGACAUGAUGCAGAAGAGGGACAACUAUCUGUUCGGCCAUUACCGCGGUUGUCACGUGCUCGAGCUUCCUUACGAAAACGGAACCGACCUUUCACUGCUUCUGGUGAUGCCAAAGGAAUACACUGCCCUCAAACAUAUCAUUCCUAUGCUGGAUGCAAGUUGGAUCUCUCAAAUAGAUGGCACCCUUGGGUACACCAAUUUCAUUCUGUACAUCCCUAAGUUCACAACGAUCAAAACGAUCUCUACCAAACCCCUUCUAAAGCACAUGCAGGUGCAGGAGAUCUUCAAACCGGGGGCCUUCGACAUUUCAACCAGGACGGCAUUACAGUUGCUGGACGUCCGGCACUGUGUUCAUGUCGACGUAGCCGAGAAAGGAACUCGGACGGCCAGUGCAAAAGGGAUGUUCCUGGACGAGUUGUCUGACCCGGCUCCGGUGCGUCAGUUUUGCGUUAGUCGACCAUUUCUGUACGUCAUUCGGAAGCAAUCGACCAAGGAGAUUUACUUCAUCGGACACUACUCCCAUUAUGAGGAUUGA